UGACGCGCCAGCCGCUGUCAACACUCGCGGUAGUGAGCGAGACGGGCUGCAGAGUAAACAAGCCUUGUCUGCUCCGUGUCGCCGCCUCCAUCUUUCAAGGGCCGCCGCGCAGCGAGGAGCGAGAUGGGGGCCGUCCUGGGCCUCUGCUCCAUGGCGAGCUGGAUACCAUGUUUGUGUGGCAGUGCCCCAUGUCUGCUGUGUCGGUGCUGCCCCAGUGGAAAUAACUCCACUAUAACAAGGCUGAUAUAUGCAUUCUUCUUACUCCUUGGAGUGAGUGUUGCCUGUGUGAUGCUAAUGCCAGGAAUGGAAGAACAACUAAAGAAGAUUCCUGGAUUUUGUGAUGGCCAUGUGAAUUGCGAUGUUCUAGUAGGGUAUAAAGCAGUGUAUAGGGUUUGCUUCGGUAUGGCCAUGUUCUUCCUCCUGUUCUCCUUAUUGAUGAUCAAGGUAAAGAGCAGCAGUGAUCCAAGAGCAGCAGUACACAAUGGAUUCUGGUUCUUCAAAUUUGUCACAGCAGUUGCAAUUACAGUUGGAGCAUUUUUCAUUCCAGAGGGACCCUUUACAACAGUAUGGUUUUAUGUGGGCAUGGCUGGUGCUUUCUGCUUCAUUCUUAUUCAGCUGGUAUUACUUAUUGAUUUUGCCCACUCUUGGAAUGAAUCCUGGGUUGAAAAAAUGGAGGAAGGAAACUCAAGAUGCUGGUAUGCAGCAUUGCUAUCUGCCACAGCACUAAAUUAUCUUCUGUCUCUGGUGGCAAUUGUCCUGUUUUUCGUUUAUUAUACUCACCCAGAAGGCUGUUCUGAAAAUAAGGCAUUCAUCAGUGUCAAUAUGUUGCUGUGUAUUGGAGCAUCUGUAAUGUCAAUUUUGCCUAAAAUUCAGGAAUCGCAACCAAGAUCUGGGUUGUUGCAAUCAUCUGUGAUCACAGUUUAUACAAUGUAUCUAACAUGGGCUGCAAUGACCAAUGAGCCAGAUAGACAAUGCAAUCCAAGCUUGCUGAGCAUAAUUGGCUAUAAUUCUACAAGCACUCCAAGCAAGGGCCAAUUUGUCCAUUGGUGGGAUGCCCAAGGAAUUGUAGGGCUCAUCCUGUUUUUACUAUGUGUUCUCUACUCAAGCAUCCGGACAUCAAAUAACAGUCAGGUAAAUAAACUGACACUAACCAGCGAUGAGUCAACUUUAAUAGAAGAUGGACUUCCUCGGAGUGAAGGUUCACUUGAUGAUGGAGAUGAUGUCCACCGUGCUGUUGAUAAUGAGAAAGAUGGAGUUACUUACAGUUAUUCAUUCUUUCACUUCAUGCUCUUUCUUGCUUCACUUUACAUCAUGAUGACUUUAACCAACUGGUACAGUCCUGACCCCACGUCUGCAUCAAUGACCAGUAAGUGGCCAUCUGUCUGGGUGAAGAUAUCUUCCAGCUGGAUUGGUAUUGUUCUCUACGUGUGGACACUGGUGGCUCCACUUGUGUUAACAAACCGUGAAUUUGACUAAGCUGAACAUCUCAUCUGAAAGCUUAUAUUUUAUUUUGUUGCUUAUUUGAAGCUAACAGUAUUCCAUACUAAGAUGUAAUUGUAAAUAUGUGUGCAUGUGUGUACCAUCUGUGAAGUGUACUGUAUUUAUUCUGCAUGAUUACUUUUAGAUCAUGUUACCUUACAUUUCAGUGACUGUUUUCUAAUUGAGCAUGAUAAUGAUUACUACUAGAUCCAGGGCCAAACCAGAUGUGAUGGCAGUGGUUCCAUGGGUUGUAUCCCACAUAAUACUAGUAGAAAACAUACAAGAGUCCACUAGCAGUUUUGCUAGAGGCACAAUUAGCGCAAGCAACAACUAGCAUGAUGAUGUUGUAAUGAGUUGUGAAAAUGCUUAUGUUGAAAAUGCUUGUGCAAUGGCUUACAUAAGCAGAAUCAAAGUAUUGAAUUUAACCCUUGCGCUAGACUGAAAAUUGGUUUUCUGCAAGUUAAAUUUGUUCUAGUGUUACUUUUGGAUACAAUCCUUUGUGUUUUUGAGCACAGAUCUUUCCAGUUAAAGGGGGUGGGAUAUCAGAUUUUUGAAGCAAAAGGCAUGAGCAGGUGAAGAAUGCAAAAUCCUUUGUGUAUCUCCCUACAGCCCCUCUCUCCAGGCAUUUUUUUUCUUCCAGUUGGGGCUGUGAUACUGGAAGGGACCAUGGCUGAGGAGGAAACAUGCAGUCAGGGGGGCUAAAGAUAAAACAUGGGACAUAGGAGGAUUCAGUUCCACUCAUCUAUGGCUGCAUUUGCAUGUAAUGCUAAACUAUGGUUUAUGUUAGUUUGGGUUGUUGAUUGUAUGGGUUGUUAACCAUGAACCAUGAAGAGUACCCAUGAUUUUUUGUUAGGUUGUGAGCUCUGGAUUGUUUAUACCAUGGGUGUGUAAAAUUGGUCAAUGUGUCUUUUUUGUGCUUUUCAAAUUGGCUUCCCCACAGCUCUUUUUUACAUGACGGGAGCCUUUCUGUGUUUUUAAACACAGUGAAUGCUGACAGCUUGAUCUACUUUGGCCUUUGCUAGUUCUGUGUACUAGGGCUGAGCUAGAGUGGGGAGGCUUUUUGCAUUAAACAGUUUGCAAUCAGGGCUACUCCCCUCCCAUUUCAGUCCCCUUUAAGAUUGGUAGUGGAAGAUGCAGUAAAAAAUAUUUGUCCCUUUCAGGAGACCACUUUAAAUCAAGUAAUCUGCAGUGCAGCCAGUACAUGCUGUGUGAUCCUUCCCCUCUCUUGUCAACUGAGCAGGAGAGGAUCGGGGCCCACAUACCGCUAUGAACGCUCUUCCUUAACAUGGUUGAAGCAUCCCGUUUUAAAGGCACUGAUUUGUUGGACAUUGCUUCCCCUUCUUGUGAGAAACCGUUUUGCCAAGAAAGGGGGAUUGAUUUCAAUUUUACAGUCAAAAGUAAUCGUCCCCACAAGGGGGAGCACUGGUUUUUCUGAGAGAACAUUGCUUGCUCUGACAUGUCACUUUUCACUGCAAAAAAUGAACCCCACAAGUAUUUGGUGCAGCCCUACUGCUUACUACUGGAGCAUUCCUAAGUCUAAUGCUAAAUGAGUGGAAGGUAGAUUUUUAAAACAAUCAAAAGUAUUUUUAAUGCAUGUAAAUAGGCCAAGAUUUAAAAGCCAAAUAUUUGCAGCUAUAAUCAGAUGGGCGAAAUAUGAAGAGUGUUUUAGGACUGACUUUGACAAUGUCUUUGGCCUUGAUUGCCAAGAUUAACUCUAAUAGUGCAGUUGGUACAAUAUUCACUUUGGUCUAGCAGGGAAUGCUAAAAAUUUCAUGUCACUUUUGAAACUGUAAUGCGUGUUCUAGAAAGGUGAGGGAAUUAGGGCUAUGAAAGGGAGCAGGAGAGACGGUUGAUGACUGCUUGCCUUUGAGGUUAUUGUAUUACCUCAGCUUUAAGCAUGUAUGGAUGGUUGUUUAGGAGAAUCUGACGCUGAAUGAAAAUCAAAUGCCAGAGGUGUAACAUUUGGUUAGCUUUAGCUGAUCUGUUGGCGCUGUAUACUUGUUUGUUGAAAGAAGAGUGCAUUGAGUGACAGGAGCAAAGGGAUUUAAGAGCUAACAAUGAGCCUUAGCUGAUGAAAGAGCAAGGAGUGGGCCUAGUAGGGAGGGAAAGAAUGUAUCUGUGAUUCAGCAGCCACUUUCAUGAAACUGUGCUUUCUUCUUUUUUUUAAGUCAACAAUGUAACAUUUCUGUUGAAAGCUUGAUAUAGUUGCCAUGGGCCGCUAUGAGUGCAUAAGAGAUCAGCCUCUUGCAUUCUUGUAGAAGGGGCUAGUUUCUGUACUUAUAGAUGUCUUUGUAUUUAAAGGAUGUGAACAGGAGUAAAUGUUUAAAGUUGCACUUAAAAUUCUUAGAAACUUGCAUGGAUUUUCUGGACAUGAAAAAUAGCUCCCACUUUGACCAGGUUUUCUUUUUAAAGUGGAAUGCUAUGUAACAUUUGUCUUAUUAAUAGUGCAUGUUAUAGAAUUCACAUUCAUUUUUAUAUCUAUUUUAAACCAAGGACAAGUCUUUUUAAAAACAACUAAUCAACACUUGAAAGUAUUUAGUGUUAGGGCUAGCUGCAAGAAAUUAGAUUUGAGACAUGAAAUGGGCUAGUGUCCCUCACUGCUGGUAACUGUAGUGUAUCCCAUGAUGAAAAAGUAGAUUGUAGAUACCAGUAGUUUAGUCUUCGUUUUGGGAGGGUGGGACAAAGAGAAAGCAGUACUACAUGCCUUAUUCUGGCUCAAAUGUUCCUUGAUUGGGUAUUACCUAGCAUAUUUUGCAAGAUAAGAAACGUUUGUCUCUUUCUAGUAAUACUAUUGGAUAAGUUGACAUUUAUAUUUUCAUUUAAAAACCUUCUACAAGGAUGUCAUUGAUUCUUCUGUUCAAUAUUACAAAACUCGUCCAUUGUAAUUUAGUACUGCUACUAGUCCUUUGUGUCCAUUGACAGCAGUGGAUUUCUACCUGGGAAAAUCCCAAAUCUGCAAGCCAGGAAUGAUUAGGUCUGUUUUGCAUUUCCUGUUGAUUAUUGCUGACAUUUAUUUUUAAAUCCAUUCAAAACACACACAUUGUAAUAUAUGCUGAAAGACUGAUUAAGUUAAACAUGAAUGCAAUUUGGAAGUAGAUUUAAUGUUUAGUGAUUGAGUGUAAUUGUCAAUAAACAUUCUCAUAAGA